UGAAAUGUGAGACUUUAGGUCACUUCCGUUCCUUUUCCGUAUUUCGCCGGCCGGCUUGACGCCACAUCCUGCCACUUCACCGCCAAUUUAUGAAGCUUUUUCUGUUGAAUAACCUUAUUUUUGUUUUUAAAUGUCAACGCGACCAAGAGUAAUACAUUAUUCGUUAGUCCUUUAACUGCAGCGGAAAUUAAUUUACAGACGCAGUGGUAAGGUUAGCGAAACGACUCGUUUACACUCGAUGCAAACUGCAGGGACAGCUUCAUCAGCCAGGGGAGGAGUCGUGCACACGCAGAGUCCACCUCUUUUGAAGUGUUGUGUGAUGAAUGAAGGAAUAACAGGUUAAAGAUGAACUAAACUCAAUAGAAGCCGUUACACAGCGCAGGUACCGUUACGUACACAAGACAAGCCAAACUUGGACUUCAGGAGGUUAAGUAAGAACAAACGCUCUUUGCUGUCUAGGGAACCAUGGAGGUAAAGGCAUUAAAGUGACAAUGCUGCUACGAAGGCUGACUCUGUGUUCAAGGACCCCGCUGGAUUACCCGGGACACGUAUGCAGCUUUCUCACCAGACCACUGACACAAGAGGGGAGGGCACAUGGCAGCUCCUUUGCACACCGCAGUGAACUGCGUAGGGCCAAGAGGAUCGUAGUCAAGCUCGGCAGUGCUGUGGUCACCCGUGGGGAUGAAUGUGGCCUGGCUCUGGGGAGGCUGGCCUCCAUUGUGGAGCAGGUGGCCAUGCUGCAGAAUCAAGGCAGAGAAAUGAUGAUUGUCACCAGUGGAGCAGUGGCCUUUGGCAAGCAAAGAUUAAGACAUGAGAUCCUUCUGUCCCAGAGUGUCCGACAGGCGCUGCACUCAGGUCACAGUCAGCUCAAAGAAAUGUCUGUGCCAGUGCUGGAGGCCCGGGCCUGUGCUGCGGCUGGACAGAGUGGCCUGAUGGCCCUGUAUGAGGCUAUGUUCACGCAAUACAGCACUUGCACUGCACAGGUCCUGGUGACUAAUCUGGAUUUCCACGAUGACCAAAAGAGGCAGAAUCUGAACAGCACACUGCAGGAGCUGCUGCGUAUGAACAUUGUGCCCAUCAUCAACACUAAUGACGCUGUGGUGCCCCCGCCGGAGCCCAACAGUGACCUGCUGGGGGUAAAUGUGAUCAGCAUUAAGGACAACGACAGUCUGGCGGCGCGGCUAGCUGUAGAGAUGAAGGCCGACCUCCUCAUCGCACUGUCUGACGUGGAAGGACUGUACAACAGCCCCCCUGGAACAGAUGACGCAAAGCUCAUUGACAUCUUCUACCCUGGAGACCAGCAGUCCAUCACCUACGGUACAAAGUCCAGAGUUGGUAUUGGAGGCAUGGAGGCCAAGGUCAAGGCUGCCCUCUGGGCCCUGCAAGGUGGCACCUCAGUGGUCAUUGCAAAUGGCACCCACCCCAAAGUAACAGGUCAAGUCAUCACUGACAUUGUGGAGGGCAAAAAGGUGGGAACCUUCUUCUCUGAGAUCAAACCUGCUGGCCCAACUGUGGAGCAUCAGACAGAAAUGGCACGCAACUCUGGAAGAACCCUGGCAUCUCUGCACCCAGACCAGAGGAGUGAGAUCAUCUGCCAUUUAGCAGAGUUGUUGACUGAAAGAAAGGAAGAGGUUCUGGCUGCCAACAAGAUGGACAUAGACCAGGCUGUAAAUGCAGGCCAUUUGCCACCAGCCAUGCUGAAGCGUCUGAGCUUGUCACCUGCCAAACUUAACAGCUUGGCCAUAGGUCUGCGUCAGAUCGCUGUGGCCGCCCAGGACAGUGUGGGUCGUGUGCUGCGCAGGACCAGGGUGGCUCACAACCUGGAGCUGGAGCAGAUCGCUGUGCCCAUUGGAGUUCUUCUGGUCAUCUUUGAGGCCCGACCUGACUGCCUGCCGCAGGUGUCAGCAUUGGCCAUAGCCAGUGGGAACGCCCUCCUGCUGAAGGGAGGCAAGGAGGCAGCCAACACCAACCAUGUCCUCCACCAGCUCACCCAGGAGGCCCUUUCCGUGCACGGAGUCAGAGAGGCAGUGCAGCUGGUGAGCACUCGUGAGGAGGUGGAGGAUCUAUGCCGACUGGACAAGAUGAUUGACUUGAUUAUCCCUCGAGGUUCAUCCCAGCUGGUGAGGAACAUUCAGCGGGCGGCCAAGGGCAUCCCGGUGCUGGGUCAUAGCGAGGGAAUCUGCCACGUCUACGUUGAUUCAGAAGCCAGCGUUGACAGAGUCAUCAAAAUUGUCAGAGACUCCAAAUGUGACUACCCAGCUGCAUGUAAUGCCAUGGAAACUCUGCUGAUCCACAGGGACAUCCUCCGGACCCCACUGUUUGACCAGAUCAUUGACAUGUUGCGGGCUGAACGGGUGAAGAUUCAUGCAGGCCCCCAGUUCGCCUCCUUCCUGACAUUCAGCCCAUCGGAGGUAAAGUCUAUGCGGACUGAGUACGGUGACCUGGAGUGCUGCAUAGAGGUGGUGAACAGCAUGCAGGAGGCUGUGGACCAUAUUCACAAGUAUGGCAGCUCCCACACAGACGUUAUCAUCACAGAAAAUGAGAGCACAGCGGAACAGUUCCUUCAGCAGCUGGACAGCGCCUGUGUUUUCUGGAACGCAAGCUCACGUUUUGCUGAUGGCUACCGCUUUGGUCUAGGAGCAGAGGUAGGUAUUAGCACGGCACGUAUUCAUGCCCGGGGCCCCGUCGGCCUAGAGGGGCUGCUCACCACCAAGUGGGUUCUGAGAGGUGCGGGGCAAACGGCAGCCGACUUCUCUGAGCAGGGUACCAUGAAGUACCUCCAUGAGAACCUGCCGGUCGAGCAGCCUCUUACUGUGCAGAGGGACAGCAACUAGACCAGAGACUUUUACAACACUCACUUGGCAUGAACAUUGGUCAAAAUGGUUUGCAUUGCUCACCAGUAGCUCCCUCUGGGGUCUUGUGGCAAAUUUUCAGAUCACUUUUUUAAACCUCUGAAGCACAAAGCAUGGAAAGAGCGGCUUAACACACCAAUGGUCCGUUUGAUCAGCACAACCAGAGAUUUGACAUUAGACUUCAGACUUUUACUUUGAGUUUACAAAUGUUUUGAAUUCUACCUCAUCUUCUUUUAUGAGUUAGGUAAGUUACACUAAUAGGCUCCUGUAGGAGGUAUUAUGUGGCAAUCACAACACAAUACCUCCACAAUAAUUUAUUAAUUGGAGCAGGGUGGCCACGGAUCCUUAAAAAGUCUUAAAUUUAACUUGUUAAUACCUGUAGCCACCCUGUGGAGAAACUUUACAAGAAAGGAGUUAACUAAGAUUACUUGUAUUUAAGACAAAUGAAAUACACUGUGUAUUGUAUCACCAUGUAUUCAUGUAUCAAAGAAAACUGAACGGCUUGAAAUUAUUUUUUUAAGAAUACAAUCUCAGGACAGGAUCUGAUUUUGAAAGUGACAUAUUCACAGACAUUUAAUUUACACAUACAAUGUGUAUGAGAAAGUAAGAAGGCCCAAGUUUAUUUUAUCUUGUUGCAUUUGCUUAUAAUUACCCAGAAGAUUCACACUGAUUAAAUGCUUUCUUUGUUUUAUCUUUUCUUGCUGUAUUUCCAGGUAAAAUCUUUUGUAUGUUUCUGAAUGUACAGGUAUUUUGAUUAGGUGAGGGUCUAGGUAAUUUUAGCAACGGAACUAAUAACACAAGUUUGCAGUUGAUAGUAGAGCAUUCAUUCUUUCUCUUUUUAACAUAAACUGGGUGAGUUACAGAUUAAGUAACAAUUAUUUUACAAAAGUAACAGGAAUUUACCAGUUUUGUUAUUGCGCCAUGUAAGUUAGAAUACUUGUAUGCAUCCAUUUUAUUUAUUUUAUUUGAUCAUUGUUACAAGUUGUGCUCAUUCUUCCAUACUUUGCUGCUUUCCUGCUUGUUCGUUGUGGCGCCCAAAGCCUCUGUCAGAGCAGGAACUGUAAUUGACAAGCUGCCUCCUUCAAGCUGGAGGGGAGAACGCGACUGCUUUUAAAUUAAGCUUUGCACCAUUCCAGCCUCUGAGCUCCUAUCUGAUGUCUUGCAAUGCACACUUAAGGAUUGGUUUGGAUUGUAUAAUAGUAGUACUGUCGAAUA